GUCUCUGUCUUCCCCCUCUGCACACGCUCACAUCCGGUUAGCUGGUGGAGGAAGUCAGGUCAACUGAUGCAGACUGACGCACCAACCGUUGACUAAACUGAGUGUGACCAGCAAACGCAACGCAAAGGGGUGGCAUUUUCCGUAGCCUUCACAUUUGGACUUUUAACGGGCUGUUUUUCGGAGUGUAUUUACCAAGACCCACACAUUUCAGGAAAGGCGAACUGAAGAACUGAACCAGCAGAAGAUGUCUUGCCUAAAGUGUUUGAAGUACACCAUGUGUGUGGCCAACUUCUUAUUCUUUGUGUGUGGAGCAGCGUUGUUUGGCUUUGGCAUCUUCAUGAUGACCCAGAACAAGGUGUCGUCGCUGCUGCCCUCUCUGCCCUUCAUGAGUGUCACCAGCAUCCUCUUCAUCACCGGGAUCAUCAUCACCUGCGUCUCCUUCCUGGGCUUCCUGGGAGCAUACAAGGAGAACCGCUGCCUCCUCAUCACGUUCUUCAUCUUGUUAUUCAUGGUGAUGCUGGUGGAACUGGCCGGUGCCUGCAUCCUCCUUGUCUAUGAAAAAGACAUUGAUACGCGAAUUGAGAAGGACCUCCAUCAAAGCUUGGCAGAAGCUUUAGCAUCAGGAAAUUCCAGCACCACUGCCAGCGACUGGAACUUCAUCCAGAGAACAUUCCAGUGCUGUGGGGUGGCUAAUGUGACAGACUGGAAGAAUGACAUACCCAAAUCCUGUUGCCAGAAGGACCAAUGCAAAGAGUCUAACAAAUACUGGACAGAGGGCUGCUACAAAAAGAUGAAGACCUGGUUUGAAGAAAAUCUGCUUAACACUGGAAUUGGUGUCAUUGUGGUCUGCAGUAUUGAGGUCCUGGGCAUGUGCUUCUCCAUGACGCUCUUCUGCCACAUAAGCCGCUCUGGAUUGGGAUACAAGAUGUGAAGGAAGCCAUGGAUACGAGCCUGAUUUCAGAGUUGAGGCGGAGGGGAGAUGCAAUGUGCCAAGUCACCCCCUCCCCAUUUUAAACAGUGCAACAAUGGUUUUGGAUGCUAAUAGCAAACCGCCCUUUGAAAAGGUUUUGGGAAUUAUCCCUAACUGUCCACCUCAUAAAAUGAUGUCCAUGAUCCAUGACCUAUAGUCAGAAUGUUAUAUGACAGUUCAGCCUGCCAUCUGCAUGACAGUAAAAGGGAUAUGCGCAGAUUUGGAAAUAUUUUGGUAUCUGGGCCAAAUACUGGCCUGAAAUUUUCAGGAAUUGAAACGGUAGCUGUUUUUUUAUCAUCUUGUCUGAACUCUCAUAAUAGACUUCCAUUUUUAAAUGAGUUUAAUUUCUGCAUUUUUGAAUGUUGGUUGGACAAUAUGAUGGGAGGAAAGUUAAAGUGCAGUAAUUUGAUCACUUUGUGAUGGAAGCAUCAAAUUUGGUAUGAACUCACAAAGGAGGCCUGAUAAGAUUUGGAUAUUUUCAAAAUGGCUGCCAAACAUGGAUUUCUCAAUGGGAAAAAGCAGGGCAACAUACCACCAUGACCCCCAGCGUUAAGAUUUGAGCGGACACGAUUCUAAAUCUGGUCAUAUCCCCUCUGUAUGCGCUCAUACUAAUAUGUUGGUGCAUUUUAUGUUUCUGGCUGCUUUUAAUACUAUUAUGAAAUCCAUGUUUGGUAGGCAUUUUGAAAAAUGGAUGCCAUGACCCUUAGGGGCUAGAUCUUGAGCAUGUUCAAUUCUAAAUCUGAUCACACCCUUUUUGUGGGUCUUUGUACCAAAUUUGACGUUCAUCAUGAAACAAUAGCCGUCCCACUAAUUUUGUACAUCUACUGUAUAACCUUACCUAUUCAGCAAGUCCUGUGUGCUACCUGUUUGUUUGUUUGUUUGUUUACUGAGGUCAAUACACCACUGUUUGUGAUGGCCGUUUGGUUAAAGCAUUGUUACAUACAGUAGUGCAUUUGUUUUAUUGUUUCUUUUCUGUAAAUGAUAAAACAAAGUGAUACCAAUUGCCUUUAAUGUUAUGAUUUGCUAUGGUGAGAUAGUUAAAUACACAUCACAGUAAGCUUACUGUAUGGGAAAGACCCUUUGCACAUUAAUAGCUAAUUUGGUGUAUGUAAUGGCAUGUCUGGGGGGUUCUGGCACUCCAAACCAAGUAGCCAAAUGUCCAUAAAUGGCCCAUGAUUAAAAUAGAAACUAGAAGAGAAAUUGUACAUUAGAUUGGGGGCAGUAAUAUUGUGGUAUUACCGGAUGCUUGUUCUGUAGGCCUACAGUCUUUGUGUCUUUCUGCUCUGUGCACCUGUAUAUUUUCCUCAAUGUUGUCACUGUCAACAAAUAAAAAUAUACAAAACACGUUAACAAAUGAAGAUAAUCAUAUGUCGAAUCUAAAACACCAACACCACAAAUGUGAGUGUUAGCAAAGGAUUUGGUUCUCCAGAAGCAUCCGUAUCUGAGUCUUGACGGAGCAGCUCUACUCCUCUUCGCACUAAUGGUGAGAGAUGUGGGAUGGCUUCAGAGGCAGACCACAGGGUGGAUAACCCUAAUGUGAGGGAUCCCAGGAUUACACAGCAUCCUAGAUGGGAAAGGGCAGCCAUAGGUAAGUGGUUAGGGCGUCAGACUUGUAGCCCAAAGGUUGCUGGUUCAGCUCCCGUCCCGCCAGGUUGGUGGGGGGAGUAAUUAACCAGUGCUCUUCCCCAUCCCCCUCCAUGACUGAGGUAUCCUGAGCAUGGUACCGUCCUGCCGCACUGCUCCCUUGGGGCGCCAUUGAGGGGCUGCCCUCUUGCACGGCUGUGACAUGAAUGCAAUUUCGUUGUGAACACUGUUGAGUGCUGUGUCACAAUGACAAUGGGAGUUGGAGUUUCCCAAUGGGGCUUUCACUUUUCACUUUCAGUAUAGUGUGAGGUACAAGAGGGACAUCCUGAGUGUUUAAAAUAUACCGGGGAAGGCAGUGUGAUGACGUGACCACUAGGGUUGUGUGUGUGUGCCAACUCCAAUGAGUCUGGCUCUUCGGGGUAAAAGUCAGAACCCUACUCUGGCACCCCUGAAGGCCCAGGUUUGAGUCUCGCCGUCGUCGGGGCAACUGAGCUCUACUCCCAUAGAGGUAGAAAAUAACACUAGAGUGGACAUGGCAAUUCACGACAGCACUGGGAAGUGGCACAUGGCGCCUCCCAUUGUCUGUAGGUAGUGUAGGCACCUUCAGUCAAUUCAAGUCAAUGGAGAACACGCCCACCUCUGUUAAAAAAUGGACUAAAACUGUGUGAAUAUGAAGUAACCUAUUAAUCAAAGACUAGAUUUGAAAUGUCAGGAUAAAUAUCUACUUAAAUCAUAUGAGUCGAUAAAAUACAUCUAAAAAUCAAAUUAUAUUAAUUCUGCACAUAUUUAGCAACACACUUCAACUAUUGUCCUUGUAGAGUGUGUCGAUGGACAUUUUCAAAUUAUUAAGCCAUUUUUUGACAGAGGUGA